UAUUCUCUUUUGCUCGUUCCCCAAGAAAGAUUUUCAUUUCAUUAUUCACAUUCAGUUGCAGUUUUGAGUUGAGUGCGGACUGAGUAACAGUGUAUCAGACCGGACUGGUAACUUUUCACCAGUCAAAAUGAGGUUCCUACUUCUGUCGAUAGUAUUAAUUCUCUUGGUCAGCGACAUUUCCUCUGAGAAAGUUAGGAAACAUAAAAAGUAUAGGAAGAGACCUGCAGCAGUUGUGGAAGAAAUUGUUGAAAGUGAGGAAAAUGUACCAGACACACCAGCACAAGUAGCUGACGAUGUUAUUGAUAACAGAACACCAUUAAUAGAUCCAUGUUUUCAAGUUCAUUGUGGUGCUGGCCGAAUUUGUGAAGUAGACAGUAAAGGGGAAUCUCAAUGCGUUUGCAUACCAAACUGUCCUGUUGAGACAGAGUCACGUCGAAAAGUUUGUUCCAACCACAAUGAAACUUGGUCGUCUGAUUGUGCUGUGUACCAACAACGUUGCUUAUGUGACAAGGGAGACCCAGAAUGCAAAGGAGAGCAAUAUAAGCAUGUCCAUAUCGAAUACUACGGAGAAUGUAGAAACAUGCCAGAAUGUACUAAAGAAGAAAUGGCUGACUUUCCUCGCAGGAUGCGUGAUUGGCUCUUUAACAUUAUGAGAGAUUUAGCUGACCGUCAGGAAUUAACUCCUCAUUACUUAACUAUGGAACGUGAGGCCGAAUCAAAUAUGACCCGCCGCUGGACUAAUGCUGCUAUUUGGAAAUUCUGUGAUUUGGAUGGACAUCCACCAGAUAGAUCAGUAUCUCGACAUGAACUUUUCCCCAUCCGUGCGCCCUUAAUGUCUUUGGAACACUGCAUCGCACCUUUCUUGAAUUCUUGUGACAGUGAUAAUAAUCACAGAAUUACCCUUAAGGAGUGGGCCAAAUGUUUAGAAUUGGAAGAGGAUGAAAUUGAAGACAAGUGUGAAGAAAUUAUUGAUGAGGAAUAAUACUAAAUUGUACAUUAAUCUGUUAGAUUUAGGAAAUGCCAACAUAACUUUAACAUACUCAAUCUUUGUUGCAGAAUGAAAUGGUGCUAUUUAGUUAAAAAAUAUAUUUUUUGAAAAUAUUUUUAUAUUAUGUUGAAA